AUGACUUUUGUCUGUUAUUGGUUGGACCAGCAUUUUAUAUUUUCUUCUCUUGAUCAAGGUUUUCUCUUUUCUCUCUCGUUUCAUCGUCCGCUCUCGUUUGACUUCUUUCUCUUUUUGUAUUUUUCUAUUCAUUCUUCGUUUUCCUUUCUCCUCUUUCUUCUUCUCUGUUCAUUUUAUCCUCUUUCUUUUCCUUUGUUUUGUUUCAGGUUUUUUUUUCUUUCUCUCGUCACUUCUCUUUCUUUUUACUCAUGCUCUUUCUUUCCUUCCCUUUUUUCAUUCUUUUUCUUCUUCCCAUUACAUUUGUUUUGUCCAGAAUCAUUUUUUUCCUUUCCUUUUUCUUCUUUGUUCCGUUUCCCUUUUCUCCAACACCCUCUUUUUAUUUGCUUUUUUCUCUUCUUCUUUUUUUUAUUUUUCAAAUACUCUCCUUUUCUACGUUUUUCUCUUCCUAUUUUUUUUUUCAUUUUCCCAAAUCCUUCCUUAUAUAUAUAUACUUUAUUUUCUCUUCAUUCUUCUCUUUUCCUCUUUCCAAUUCUUUCCUUUUCUUCGCUUGUACUUUUUACUUCGUUCUCUUUUAUUUUCUCUUACUCUAUUAAUAUACGGCUUUCAUUUUUCUUCUCUUUUUCUCUUUCAUCAAAAAUGUAUUCUUCUCUUCCCUCCUUUUUUUUCCGAUUCUCUUUACUUCUUCAUUUCUCUUUACAAAUCCUUCUCCUUCUUUUUCUAUUUUGCUUCAAUUCUCCUAGUUUUAUUCGCCUUCUUUUCUCUAUAUACUUUUCCCUCUCGCUUCAUUAUAUUAUCUAUUUACAUUCUUUUUCUCCCACUCACUCAUUCACUCACCCUUUCAUUGCUCUUUUUAUCCCAUUCCUGCUCAAUCUUCUCGACCUUUUCUUCCUUUGGUCUUCUCACUUUUUAUCUUUCUUUUUCAUUGUCUCGUUUUCUAUCUGCUUUUCUUAUCUCCUCCCAUUAAUGAUUCACUUUCUCUUUACUUUUCUAUCACUUUCUCUUUUUCUGUUUCUCUUUCCUCUUUCCAUCUUUCUUAACUUUUUCUUCAAAUUCUCUUUUCAUUUUUUUUCUGUCUGCUUUUUACAUUAUCGUUAUUAUUCAUCCACUCUUAAUGUCUCUCUCUCUUUCUCUCUCUCUCUUUCUCUCUCUCUCUCUCUCUCUCUCUCUCUCUCUCUAUCUAUCUAUCUAUCUAUCUAUCUUUCUCUGUCUUUUCUCAUCACUAUUUCGGUUUGUUUGAUGCCUGACCAGUAA